ACCGCCCGCGCCUCCCUCGUCUCUCUUGCCUCAUAUACCACCAGCCUUGUCACCUUGAGGGAUCUCCCUGUGGACCCUUCCUCCCAGAUCAAGUGCGAGACACAGCUCUUAUUUAUACCAGCACAUUCCGCUCUUCGUGACCGCCUUGCUUGGCUGUUCUUGGCAUCACGAUCCCGGACUGCAGGCAUUGGGGCCCGCCUGCGACUACACGAACCCUCUUCACAGAGACUACCACGCAACGGUAUCGACAAUGCUUGCUGAUACUGCGGCGCAACUCUUGUUCUCCCUAGCCCGGAGACAAGAUGACGGAAGCACCGACGCGUCUGGCGGCGGCGGCGACGCUGCCGCGCCGGAGGUCCCAACCGUCACGAUCGAGUGUGACACGGGCAACGACUUUGACGGCCGGAUAGGCCUGCGCAUCUCGGCUAUCUUUGUGAUCCUCGUCGGCUCCCUCCUCGGUGCCAUGCUGCCCGUGAUCCUGGCCCGGCACUCGAAGCUGCGCGUGGGCUUUGCAUUCUUCGUCGCAAAGUACUUUGGCUCCGGCGUCAUCAUCGCCACGGCAUUCAUGCACCUGCUCUCACCGGCGCACGAGGCCUUGUCGAACCCUUGUCUGCCCGAUGGGCCCAUUACAGCCUACGACUGGGCGACGGGUAUCUGCCUCAUGACCGUCAUGGUCAUGUUUACGGUCGAGCUGCUGGUCAGCCGUUUCGACUUCUUUGGUGGUGACCACAACCACGAUGUCGUUGAGCACGACCCGUCUCUCGAUGUCCUCGCCAAGAAGUCCGCGGCCAAGCCCGACACGCCAGUCUCCGGUGGCGAGGACCACCAGCUCAACGACAUCGAGGCCACGGCCGCGUCCACGGCGGCGCCGCGCACCAGUGGCUUCCAGGGCGACGUCAGCUACCCUCCCGGUGGUGAGGACCACCUGGGCCACCGGCGCGAGCACAAGGACGACAUGAGCCACACGGAGUUCGCCGCGCAGAUGACGGGCAUCUUCAUCCUCGAGUUCGGCGUCCUGUUUCACAGUAUCUUCAUCGGCCUAACCCUCGCCGUGUCCGGCGACGAGUUCAUUGUGCUCUACAUUGUCCUCGUCUUCCACCAGACCUUCGAGGGCCUCGGUCUCGGCUCCCGCCUCGCCACGGCGCAGUGGCCCCGCUCAAAAGCGUACAUGCCGUACCUCCUCGCGGGCCUGUACGCCCUCAGCACUCCCGUCGCCAUCGCCGCGGGCCUCGGCGUCCGUGAGACCCUCGAGCCGGGGAGCCCCCAGACAUUGAUCAUCAACGGCGUCUUCGACGCCAUCUCGGCGGGCAUCCUCAUCUACACAGGCCUCGUCGAGCUCCUGGCCCACGAAUUCAUGUUCAACGAGCACAUGCGCAAGGCCGGGCUCAAGCAGCAGCUUCUCGCCCUGGGGUGUGUCUUCUUGGGUGCUGGACUUAUGGCUGUCCUUGCCAUCUGGGCUUAGAGGUAAAUAGAACGGGCAACUGGGCGAGAUGCCAAGUUGAAGACACCGUGAGAGAGAGAGAGAGAGUCCUUCGUCUUCGAAACUAGACAUGUCUCACUCGUCACACAAGGUUGACAGCCUGCUGAUGGCUGAACUGUGCUAUAGCGGUCAGAAGUUGAUAUUUGCCUGCGUGUGCAUUAUUGAUAUCCAAUCUCGCUUUUAUUGAUACGCAUAACUAG